CCCCGCCGCCCCCUCGAGGAGCCCCGCGGCCCCCGCAUCAUCCCGCCCGCCGACGCCGUGCAGGAGCCAGACGAGCCGAGCCGCCCCUCGACGCCGACGAGCUUGGGCCCUCCCCGUGACGAGUGUGAGGUCGAGGACGAGACGCGGGCUUACCCCCUGGAGUACACCGGCCCGGCGCAGCCCUCGCAGAACCUGGGCUUCUUCCAGGGCAUGGGCCUCGCGGAGGGCGCAGUCAUGCUCCAGGAGCCCUCCUACCGCUCCCAGCACGUGGCACCGCGGCCGAACAGGAUAUCGGACAGGGCGGCUUUCAGACAGGGCACCGACAUGAGCAUGGGACCUAUGCCCAUGGCCAUGGACACGGGAAUGGGCCCUGUGCACCUGGGCGACGGCAUCCCCGAGGUCGAGGACGAGACGCGCGCGGAGUCCAUCGGCGGGCGCGGGCUUGGCAGGACAAUGACAUCGUUGACCGCGUCGAAGACCCAACGCAGCUCCCGCGAGGAGGUCCCAGCGGCGCCGAGGCCCUGGCGGAGCCCCCGUGACGACGACGCUGCCCUCACCGCGGCCGCGCUGCCGGGCGACGAGGAGGCGAGCCUGCCCCACGUGCACUUUACGCCGCCGCCGAGGCCCCUGAGUCAGGCCGAGUCGUCGAAGCCCCAGCGGCGGUUGUUCGGCUUCAGCCGGCGGUCGCGGGACGGGUUGGGCCAGCUGUCGUCAGAGGGCGCUAGCGCCAGCGAGGA